AAAGAACCGGUUGGGACUUUUGUGGGCCCAGGAUCCAAUAAAACCAUUGGGCCUUUUCGAGACUUUUCUCCUCCUGUUGUCUUCCAAUUUGGUAUGCGCAAACAAAACAAACUGCAAACACAAAAUUAACCUCUGAAUUCAACUUCUCAAGAAGAGGAAAUGGCGAUUUGCAUGUGUUGCGAGUCACAGAUUGUAGCCAAAUUGAUAGCGAAUCCAUGGAUGAUUUCGCCGAGGAGAACGAAGCUAGGUUUUGUAGCGUUCGGCCGGAGUUUAGCCACGAUUCGCCGGUUUCCGGCUUCCGUCAAGGCUUCAGCUGUUGAUUCCCCUGAGAGCUCUUCCAAUUUCGCUAAGCGUAUGGAACAAGCCUGGCUUAUCUCCCAGCAACCAAGACCCGUUGGAUGUUCAUCGUGUAAUUCGAAGGGCCACGUUGAAUGCAAAUGGUGUGCUGGUACAGGAUUCUUCAUCCUCGGUGAUAACAUGCUUUGCCAGGUUCCCUCAAGGAAUACUUCUUGCGUUAUCUGCUCCGGGAAGGGUUCUGCUUGCUGUAGCGAUUGCAAAGGAACUGGGUUUCGUGCCAAGUGGUUGGAAAAGCCUCCAGUGCCGUUGUAGAUGAUGAACAAAAAGCAAGCUAAGUGUUUUGGCCUUUGAUGUUUUUUUUUUUACAGAGCGAAAAUGUUUUUAUAUUGAUUCAAGUGAUAUAUGAAUUGGAUAUGCAUAUUUCUUUGUACAUGUAUUUUGAUUGUGUAUAAAUGUCAACGUAUAUGUUCAUUAUUAUUCAUUUCCCCUUCUCCUGUCAACAA